GAUCCUGGGUUCACACGGCUCGGUAGAAGAUGAAGCCCAAUCCAGCAGGCUCCUCUCCAGAGGCUUGCAAAGCUACGGGCCAGGGCCAGCAGAGCUGCCCUGUCUGCCAGGCCUGGGUGGGGGUCUCAGGCCUGGGGUCUGAGUCAGCUCCUGGGCCGGGGCCUGGUGCUGUGUCCAGACCUGGGUUGGGGCCUGGUGUUGUGUCUGGACCUGGACCCGGGCCUGGUACUGUUCCAGGCCCUGGUGCUAUUCUGGGGCCUGGGUUGGGGCCUGGUACCGUUUCGGGGCCUAGGCCUAGGCCUGAUGUGGUUCUAGAACCUGGAUCAAGACCCAGUGCUGCUUUGGGACCUGGGCUAGGGCUUGGGGGAGUGUUGGGGCCUGGGCCGGGGCCUGGUGCUGCUCUGAGACCUGGACAAGGGCCUGGUGUGGUGUCGGGGCCUGGGCCGGGGUCUGGUGCUGCUCUGGGACCUGGACAAGGGCCUGGUGCAGUUUCGGGGCCUGGGCCAGGACCUGGUGCUGCUCUGGGACCUGGACAAGGGCCUGGUGUGAUGUCGGGGCCUGGGCCAGGGCCUGGUGCUGCUCUGGGACCUAGACAAGGGCCUGGUGUGUUGUUGGGGUCUGGUGCUGCUACAGGACCUGGACCAGCUCUGGGGCCUGGACUAGAAACUGGGUCUGUACCUGGCUCAGGAGCUUUACCAUUAUCUGGGCCAGCAGUCAGGCCUGGGCCCAGGCGGGGAUCAGAGACUGGGCACAAACCUCCUGAGUCAAUGACAGCCCCAUCACCGCCACUGCAGCAGAAGACUCAGGCCACACCUGUGCAGGCCUCUAGGCAGAAGGUCCUGGUGACUGGAGGAGGAGGCUACCUGGGCUUUAGCCUGGGUUCUAGCCUGGCCAAGAGUGGCACUUCUGUCAUCCUGCUCGACCUCCGCAGACCCCAGUGGGAGCUGUGCUCAGGGACCGAGUUCAUCCAGGCUGAUGUCCGUGAUGCAGAAGCCCUGUACCGCGCCUUCGAAGGGGUGGACUGUGUCUUCCACGUGGCCUCCUACGGAAUGUCUGGUGCUGAGAAGCUGCAAAAAAAGCAGAUUGAGUCUAUAAAUGUUGGAGGCACCAAACUAGUGAUUGAUGUUUGUGUCCGCCGGCGGGUUCCAAGGCUCAUCUACACCAGCACCGUCAAUGUCGCAUUCGGCGGGAAGCCCAUAGAGCAGGGUGAUGAGGACUCUGUGCCAUAUUUCCCACUGGAGAAGCACAUGGACCACUACUCCCGAACCAAAGCCAUCGCCGACCAGUUGAUCCUCAUGGCCAAUGGGACACCUCUCCUAGGAGGAGGCACUCUGCGGACAUGUGUGCUCCGGCCCCCAGGGAUCUACGGCCCCGAAGAGCAGAGGCACCUGCCCCGCGUGGCGAACCACGUCAAGAAGAGGCUAUUCAUGUUCCGAUUUGGGGACCGCAGGACACGGAUGAACUGGGUCCACGUGCACAAUCUGGUGCAGGCACACGUGCUGGCGGCCGAGGCCCUCACCGCCGCCAAGGGCUACGUGGCCAGUGGACAGGCCUACUACAUCAAUGAUGGGGAGAGCGUCAACCUCUUCGAAUGGAUGGCCCCGCUGUUUGAGAAGCUGGGGUACAGCCAGCCCUGGAUCCAGGUGCCUACUUCCUGGGUUUACCUGUCAGCCGCGGUGAUGGAGUGUUUGCAUCUGGCCCUGAGGCCCAUCUGCAGCCUCCCACUGCUGCUCACCCGGAGUGAGGUGCGCAGCGUGGCCGUGACGCACACCUUCCAGAUCGCCAAGGCCCGCGCCCAGCUUGGCUACGCGCCGGACAAGUUCAGCUUCGCGGACGCCGUGGAGCUGUACGUGCAGUCCACGACCGCGCGGCCCCGUGGAUCCGCGGCGCCGACGCUCCUGCGGCUGCUGCUCGGGCUGCUGCUGCUGCUCGGCCUGCUCGCCCUGGCCCUGCACUUCCUAGGCCUGCAGCCGUCCGUCGUCUGACCAUCGCCGCCGGCCUGUCGCUGCCCCUGCUUCACCUCCCGGACUCGGACCCUACCCUGCUGUGCUCUGCAGACUUGGGCCCGCCCUUGAAUACUGGGGUUGUCCCCACCCCGCCCUCUCGCCCCUGUCCCGCCCUCCGUGUCUUGGUCCGGCCUGGCCUGGGUCUUGGUCUCCCUCUGGCCUGGCCGGGAGGCCAACAAGAAGGUCUUAACUUCCCAGCCUGCACCGCCUAGCCGACCUUCUCCUUCUCUUGCCCGGGCUUGACCCACCCCUGGUUCUCCCCUCCUCUGGUUCCGCCCUCUUUCCGGCUCUACUCACAUCCCUUUGGUUCCUCCUUCGGGAAUUGGCCUUGCUCCUCCCUCUGGGUCGUGUCCCUCCCUUCUCCUACUUUUGAUUAGGCUCUAGCCCCGCCCUUCCAGCCUGGCUCCACCUCCUCUCCAGCCACACCUCCUAGGUGAGUCCGUGGAGCCGGCCUGCAGCGGCUCGUGCAGGCUGGCCUGACCUUUGCAAGUUUUCGCUGUCUGCUAUUACUCCUCUAGGGCCUGGGACUCUCCUCGCUGCCUGAGCUUCCCUGGGCUUGUCCUGAGAUCGUCUGGGGAUCUUGAAUUAGACCUACUCGUUCUAGGAGCAUUGCGUUUGAUCCGCUGUACGCUUAUGUUUUGGGUUCGCUCACUCACGUACAUCUCCCUGUGUGCUGACAACCAGGGUUGGAGAAGCACCUGAGACCCAGGCUUCUGCCCUGCCCAGCUUGGCCUUUCCGGGUUUCCUGUGUACGAGUCUGGGGAUAACUCAGUAAGCACACACUUCAGUACCAGAAGGGACAUCAAAAAAAGAAUGGUCAAAAGAUACAGACUUCUAGUUAUAAAGUAAAUAAAUCAUGGAGGUGUAAUGUACAGCAUGGUUAGUAUAGAUAAUAAUACUGUAUCGUACAUAUGGAAGUUGCUGAGAAUAGGUCGUAAGUUUUCAUCUCAAGAAAAAUAAUUGUAACUUUGUGUGGUGAUGGAUGUUAACUAGAUAUUGUGAUCAUUUCACAGUGUAUACAGAUAGCAAGUAAUUAUGUUGUACACCUGAAACUAAUGUAAUGUUACAUGUCAAUUAUAUGUCAAAAAAAACCCACCUUUUUUUAAAUAAUUGGACCUCUCAGAAAAGUACCAAUGUCGUUCUAAUGGGAAUUAUUAGAAGUUGGCUGGUCAUAUUGUAUGAUUUAGUAUGGUUUCUAUUGUUAAUGAGGGGGCCAGUAGUGAUCACCAUAAUCUUUAAUGUUUAAACCACAAAAUUUCUUAAUCCAGCCCUGCUCUUCACAGAAACAGUGCCUUCCUCUUGUCUUGGUAUCUAUCAACUGUGGAUACCAAAAUAUCAGUGUACAAAUACAUCUGUGCAUGUUAUCAUAAUAUGCAUCCAUGGAAUUGGCUGAUAAAACCAUGGAUCGUGGCGGAAAAGAAAACCAUCACAAGCCUAAAGACACCUGUGAUGAGGAGGAGCGCAUGUGUUAGUGAGGACCAUGUUGGUGUGGCACCGACGGCAUGUCCUCUGCUGAUCAGUUAGGAGAGUUUGUGAAGCAGCUCAAAAAUGUAUGCUCCUCUUGGCUCUGUGGAAUUGCAUGUGUGUAUAUAAAUUUUUAAAGCUCAAUAAUAAUCCUUUAUGUCUGUUUAAUGCUUGACACUUCGAAAGGGCUUUCAUCUGUAUGCGCUCACUUAAUUCUCAGUGUCACCCUUACAUUUCAGAAAUGA